AUGGCCAGCUUCUUCUUCUCCGGCAGCAGCAGCAGGGCCAUUCGUCAAGCCCACGCCUCGCUCUCCUCCACGCCCGCCUCAGCGCUCCUCCCAAGACGCCAAAUCGUCCGAUCCAUCCACAUCUUUCGUGAUGUAGCCCCCCUACGAAGCCAUCGCCGCGCGCUGCUGCUCGAUGGACAAUCGGUUGGUCUCGUGCCCACCAUGGGCGCCUUGCAUCAUGGCCACAUCUCGUUGGUAAGAGCAGCCGCAGCAGAGAACAGCAAGGUCUUUGUGUCAAUCUACGUCAACCCUACCCAGUUCGGCGUGCACGAAGAUCUGGACAGCUACCCCAAGACGUGGGACAGCGAUUUGCACCAGCUUCAGCAGCUGGAUGAUGAGUUGAACAAGGACGGCAAAGGCCGCAUCGAGGCUGUCUUCGCUCCUACAACCAAGGUCAUGUACCCAACCCUGCCGCCAGACUCCACUCUGCCUGGUGUUGGUUCAUUCGUGACCAUCACACCCAUCGCCAGCGUGCUUGAAGGCAAGAGCCGGCCUGUCUUCUUUCGCGGAGUCGCUACGGUCUGCAUGAAGCUUUUCAACAUUGUAGAGGCAGAUCGUGUCUACUUUGGCCAGAAAGACGUGCAGCAGACGGUCGUGAUCAAGCGCAUGGUCCAGGACUUUCACAUCGAUACCCAAGUCCGUAUCGUUCCCACUGAGAGAGAACCCGACGGCUUGGCGAUGAGCAGCAGGAAUGUGUAUCUUGGAGAGCGCCGUCACAGAGUCGGACUGGUCUUGUCCAAAGCUCUCCGGGCUGCGGAGAACGCUUACAACAUGGGCAGGACGAACAGAGACGAAAUCCUGGCUUUUGCUUGGGAUGUCAUAAAUCGCAUGAGCAUGGAACAAGAGACUUUGGAAAAGACGGAGAGGGCUUUGUUCGAAGUGGACUACAUAUCUUUGGCAGAUCCCGACACGUUGGCAGAGGUCGAGACCGUUGAUCCGAGGAGAGGUGCUAUCUUGAGUGGUGCUAUCAAGAUGCUACCGUUGGAGGAAGGCACAGGACGGGAAAAGCUGGGCCUUGGCGAAGAUAAAGUGCCAGUGAGGUUGAUUGACAAUAUUCCUCUGCAGGCCAUUUGA